GUAGGUGAUAGUGGAGACUCCCAGACUAUGAAGGAAAAGCAGCCACUGAAAGGGAGGAGAAAGGAGAAGGAGGCUGCCUCCAGGGGGCCCAGCAUGGACCCACCACAGAGCUGGGAGGCCACGGCCCAAUGGGAGAAGAACGAAAUGUCUUUCCUCCAGGAUCUGAGUUUCUUCAGCAUGGGGAUGUGGUCCAUUGGCAUGGGGGCCCUGGGGGCGGCGGCCUUGGCCCUGCUCCUGGCCAACACAGACGUGUUUCUGUCCAAGUCCCAGAAAGCGACGCUGGAAUAUCUGGAGGACAUAGACCUGAAAACCCUGGAAAAGGAACCAAGGACUUUCAAAGCAAAGGAGCUCUGGGAAAAGAAUGGAGCUGUGAUUAUGGCUGUGCGCAGGCCAGGCUGUUUCCUCUGCCGAGAGGUGAGUACGUCAAGGCUCUGUUCUGUGGUUACUGGCGGCCCCGCGGGCGGCGCUGGCUUUGUCUGUGUCCAGAUCGCUCGCGAGGGGCUGGAGGCCUUGGCCCGGACCCCGCUGAGCCGAACUCUGGCGCCGGGCGGAGUGGGAGCCGCCGUGGGCGACCAGCCUGGCGCUGGGGGUUCUGUCGCCCUCGCCCUGCCCGCGUCCCCGGACGGGCUAUCAGAGCACUCCCAGCACCGCUAUAUCCCUUCUACUUUCAACUAG